GGAAGCCAGAAGACAAUGAGAGGUGAAAAUAUCUGGGACCUCACUGAAGUCAGGAUGGCAUUACCAAAGGCAGUGGGAUACAUGGUUGUUCUUGUGGUAAUAUGCUACAGUCUGGAGAAUCAGGGAUACACACAGUCUCCCAAUGUAUUCUUUGAGGAAUUGAUGGGUACAAACGCAUCACACAUUCAUGCCAGAGAGAAAAGAGCGACUACCUUAAAUUCCUCUGAUUAUGUACUCCAAGCUGAUAUAAGUAUCUCCGACCUGGAGCGUCUCCGAACGCUGUUGAACACAUUCAGUCCUUUGCUCAUCAACGGCACUGUUGAAAUUACCAGCAUUAUCGCCACAACAGUGUGUUCAUCAAAUAUGACUGGAUACCAGUGCAGAUGUGAGCAGAGCUUUGCUUGGUCAUAUAACAGCUGCAUUGACCAUGGAGCCUGUGAUGCCAUCAUUGGUGACACAUGUGGAUGCAUUAAUGCCCUUCCAGCUGAUGGCCAGUUCUGCCAGCUGAACACCAGUGGACCAGCGCCACCACCACUUCUACCAUCACCUGCGCCACCAAACGACCCGGUGGACUUUGAUAUAGUCCUUGACUUGCGCAUACCAGUCAUCAGUGUACCUUCAGAUUUCAUUAAUCGAUUCAGGGAAACUCUGAGACGUAUCCAGCUCCCCUACACCAUCACUCAGUCUUUACAAGUAAUAGGCUUAAAUUUCACCACAGCGUGCUAUCCAAACUCCACUGGAGGACUGCAGUGUCACUGUGAGGAGAAGUUUGCUUGGUCAUGUGACAAGUGCAACAGCUUCGGUGCGUGCAGCAAUGCCACCGGCCAAACCUGCGGGUGUAUAAAUGGACUUCCUUCAGAUGGAGAGUUCUGUGAACCAAUCACAAAUAUCAUUCAAUGUCUAAACACAACUACUGCGCCGCCAUCACCUACGCCACCAAACGACCCGGUGGACUUUGAUAUAGUCCUUGACUUGCGCAUACCAGUCAUCAGUGUACCUUCAGAUUUCAUUAAUCGAUUCAGGGAAACUCUGAGACGUAUCCAGCUCCCCUACACCAUCACUCAGUCUUUACAAGUAAUAGGCUUAAAUUUCACCACAGCGUGCUAUCCAAACUCCACUGGAGGACUGCAGUGUCACUGUGAGGAGAAGUUUGCUUGGUCAUGUGACAAGUGCAACAGCUUCGGUGCGUGCAGCAAUGCCACCAGCCAAACCUGCGGGUGUAUAAAUGGACUUCCUUCAGAUGGAGAGUUCUGUGAACCAAUCACAAAUAUCACUCAAUGUCUAAACACAACUACUGCGCCGCCAUCACCUACGCCACCAAACGACCCGGUGGACUUUGAUAUAGUCCUUGACUUGCGCAUACCAGUCAUCAGUGUACCUUCAGAUUUCAUUAAUCGAUUCAGGGAAACUCUGAGACGUAUCCAGCUCCCCUACACCAUCACUCAGUCUUUACAAGUAAUAGGCUUAAAUUUCACCACAGCGUGCUAUCCAAACUCCACUGGAGGACUGCAGUGUCACUGUGAGGAGAAGUUUGCUUGGUCAUGUGACAAGUGCAACAGCUUCGGUGCGUGCAGCAAUGCCACCAGCCAAACCUGCGGGUGUAUAAAUGGACUUCCUUCAGAUGGAGAGUUCUGUGAACCAAUCACAAAUAUCACUCAAUGUCUAAACACAACUACUGCGCCGCCAUCACCUCGCCACCAAACGCUCAAGCCAAAGGACCCGGUGGACUUUGAUAUAGUCCUUGACUUGCGCAUACCAGUCAUCAGUGUACCUUCAGAUUUCAUUAAUCGAUUCAGGGAAACUCUGAGACGUAUCCAGCUCCCCUACACCAUCACUCAGUCUUUACAAGUAAUAGGCUUAAAUUUCACCACAGACCCGGUGGACUUUGAUAUAGUCCUUGACUUGCGCAUACCAGUCAUCAGUGUACCUUCAGAUUUCAUUAAUCGAUUCAGGGAAACUCUGAGACGUAUCCAGCUCCCCUACACCAUCACUCAGUCUUUACAAGUAAUAGGCUUAAAUUUCACCACAGACCCGGUGGACUUUGAUAUAGUCCUUGACUUGCGCAUACCAGUCAUCAGUGUACCUUCAGAUUUCAUUAAUCGAUUCAGGGAAACUCUGAGACGUAUCCAGCUCCCCUACACCAUCACUCAGAGGAGCAAUACUACCAACAGCAGCAACAACAACAACAACAACAACAACAACAACAACCACCAACCAAGAACAGAGGUGAGGAACUUGUCGUUUGCCAUGGACAUAGAUUUUAAUCCUUCAUUCAAUGACCAAACAAGUUCUGUUUACAAAAACACUAAUGACGCUAUUCAAAAACAAUGUAAGCAGCACAUCACAAAUCUACAAAAAGCAGAGAUAAUUAAGUUACGGUCCGGAAGCACUAUCGUUGACUACACUGUAACCGCAACCUUUAUUCAAGACACAGAAAUUAAAGCAGUAGAAACAGGGAUAUCUGCACAGCUGUCAGCAAUAUACCCUAUACUGUUUGACAGCUCAACAGCGUUACAGUUUGAACCAACUGAAGUAUUUUUGGGGAAAAGUGUGACUGUGACAUGUGGUCCUCCACCAAAUGAUGUCAAUUUUAAUACCAACUAUGCUGUAGAGUGGAAACUUAACGACAAGUCAAUCAAAGAAGAUAAUGAACACCGCUUUUCAGAAAAGAACGGAAGAGCAACGUUAACUGUGUCACCUUAUUACAUUACUGACGAUGGAUUUUAUGAAUGUAAGCUGAAAAACACCAGUUCGACCUCAACAUCAGUUUUCAGACAGAAAUCCAACGGAGAAUUCCUUCACAAAAAGACACCUUUGAUCCAAGUGACACCAACACGAAAGAUCAUAUGUCAAGAUGGACAGGAAGUGCAAGUGCAACUGCAGUGCUCUGACAACACCGGCAAUGAGGUCGCGUUUGUUCCUGACGGCACAAAUCAGAUUAACUUUCCAACUACCUGUGAGAAGCCGAAAAUGGACUUCAUUUGUCGAGUGAAGAACUAUCCGGAAUUUAGCAAAACAAUAACACUGGAGUUCUCCAGAAAGGCACCCGAUUGUGUCGAUGAUCCUGUCUUUGGUAAUGGAAGUGUUGGUGACAAGGCCUCCGCUCCCUGCAGGUCGAACUAUGUGGGAGAAAAGACGGCAGUUUGUGGGGAAAAUAAGAAAUGGGAAGACGAACAAGACAACUGCAUCCUUCAGCAGGUUCAGGAGCUGCUCAAGCAGUCUGAGAACUUGAAUAUCAAUUUUUUGCCAGAAUUCUUGGAGGAACUCGCGUCUGUCACUGUCAACUUCAGCACGGAAGUGGUUGGAUCUCCUGCAAACAUUAACGCCAUUGUUAAAAUACUCAACAAUGUAGCCAACAGGUCAUCAAAUAUCACAAUACCCAAAAAUUCAAUGGAGAACAUCCUUAUAACUGCAGGCAUCCUCACCACAAAUCGGACAUCAUGGGACAUUCUAAACGCCAAUGACACCAGAAACAUCUCAGUAACAGGAAGCAGUGUCAGCUCAACAUUAUUGCUGUCCCUUGAGAAUUUUACGAGUCGCCUUACAAAUGGCUCUUUUGACAUUGACACACCUUCUAUUCUCUUGAACAAAACUACAUUCACAGACACUUUCAACGCUGUCUUUAAGUCUUCAGUGGAGAUAAACAUACCAAAGUCUGAUGGAGAAAAUAAUACUAUCACUGUGAUGACAUUUGACUCAAUGGAUAACGUACUUCCACCAAGAACAGAAAGUUCAAACAUCCAUGUCAUUAAUGGGAGAGUCGUACUUGUUCAGUCCGGUGGCACCAUCGAUAAUGUUUCGUUCACAUUUGAUAUUAUAAACAAUACUCUGGAGAACCCUCUGUGUGUUUUCUGGAACUUCAGCCUCUUCAAUGGUCUCGGGGGAUGGGACGACAAUGGCUGCAAGUUGGUAUACAACGUAAAUGAAACCGUCACCUGCAGCUGCAACCACCUGACUUCGUUCUCUAUCCUAAUGUCACCGAACAGUCCAGAUGACAUUGCGCUGGAUUAUAUAACCUACGUUGGAGUUGGCAUAUCCAUGGCUUCCUUGGUCAUAUGCCUCAUUAUUGAAGCUAUCAUAUGGAAAAAAAUAAGAAGGAACAACACAUCUUACUUGCGUCAUGUUUCCAUUGUUAAUAUCGCUGUGUCUCUCCUGAUUGCAGACAUUUGGUUUAUUAUCGGGGCAGCCAUUUCAGAUCCAGACGAGACAAAUGCACCAGCAUGCUCUGCGGCUACAUUUUUUAUCCAUUUUUUCUACCUAGCCCUGUUCUUCUGGAUGUUAGCCUCAGCUUUGCUGCUGUUCUACCGCACAGUCAAUGUCUUCGACGGGGGUUUGUCUAAAAAAUCUAUGUUGGCUAUUGGAUUCUCUCUAGGCUACGGGGCACCUCUCAUCAUCGCAAUCAUAACUAUAGCUGUAACUGCACCCAAACAAGCGUACAUCCGAGAAAGUGGGAUCUGCUGGCUCAACUGGAAUGAGUCCAAAGCUCUACUGGCAUUUGUGAUCCCUGCGCUGUUAAUAGUGGUGAUAAACCUUGUAAUCCUGCUUGUGGUGAUAUACAAAAUGCUGAGGAGGAGGGCAGUGACAGACACUGCACAAACAGCUGAGAGGCACGUUCUUGUGGUUAUUGCUAGGAGUUUGGCUGUCCUCACACCAUUCUUUGGAUUAACUUGGAGUCUGGGAGUCGGAACACUUACCAACCCGGACAAUAGAGGAAUCCAUAUUUCAUUUGCAUUCUUCAAUUCGCUGCAGGGUUUCUUCAUAUUGGUGUUUGGAACGCUGUUGGACAAAAAGGUGCGGUCAGAAAUAGCAAUAAUGUCAAAAAGUUCAGGAACUGGGACAAGGAGCACCAGCGUUGGAAUCUCGUUACCAAGUGGAUUGGGCUUUUUCCGGAACUGGAGAAGAGGAAGAGAUGGUUACAAUAUGUCAUCUAGUGGCUCCGGUGCAUCUUCCUCCAUCCUCACAUGAUCUGUGUGGACAGCUGGGCAGUCAGAGUGAAAACCAGCUGAGCAAACCUUUUUUUUGCUGCCUUCAUCGCAGCUAUAACAAGUUAAAUGUAUUAAGGUGAGCUUUAAAGUAUAAUGUAAUAUCCAAGAAGAGUCAGGCUCGUUAUUUAGAAAAGAAAGUUGUAUUUUAUCAAAGUACUCCUCACAACAACACUAUGUAAUACACACCAGCAAAAAUAUGUAUUAGUAUUACAUAAUGUAUGUUGGAUGUAUAGUAUUAAUUGUAUUGUAGUAACUGCUUUUAACCAUUUUUUAUCAGAACACAGAAAGAUUUUUAUGUAUUUUCUACAAAGAGCACAUGGAGAGGAUAGAUUUUAUAUCUGUCCUGUAAAAGUGAAUACUGUAGCACUUUGCUGUGUGUGUGUGUGUAUACUUUCUAUUUAGCAAAGAAAUAUGUCUGUAUAUGUGUAUGUCUGUGUUUGGCAUAUUUAUCAGUUCUACUGAUUAUGUUUGUAAUUAAUGAAAACGUAUUUGGUGAUUAAAAUUAAACCCUUUCAAAAACCCA